AUGAGUUCAACCUGUGUUUCUUCACUUCCACUUUCAGUUGCUACAAACCCAAAAUCAACAACGUUGGCAUUGGAAAAAUGCACAACACUGUCCCAGGUUCGCCAACUCCACGCUCACAUCAUCAAAACAAACCUCACCACUCACGCAUCAUGUGUCGCCAAACUCAUCCACGCUUUAUCUCGGAGCUGCAACCCCUACGACGCGGUUUCGGUAUAUGCUCACGCGCUCUCAUGCUUCCAGCUGAAGGAGAUCGUGUUCUGCGUUCCCUCGGUUCUCAGAGCUUGCGGCAGAUCGAGCGCGUUUGAGGAAGGGAAGCAAAUCAUGGGUUUUGUAGUGAAAACUCAAUUGUGGUGUGACCCUUUUGUUGCGAACUCCGUGGUUCGAAUGUGCUUGGAGGUUGGUGUCGUUGAGCUUGCGAGAUCGGUGUUUGAUAAAAUGCCUGUGAGGGACUUGAUUUCAUGGAAUUCUUUGCUCACGGGGUACUUGAGGGCGGGUGAGAUUGAUAUGGCGCGGGAGGUGUUUGAGAAAAUGCCGCAAAGGGAUUUGGUUUCGUGUAAUGCGAUGAUUGAUGGGUAUGGGAAGCAUGGCGAGUGUGAGCUUGCUGAGGAGGUUUUUAAGGUCUUGAGUGUCAGGGAUGUUGUUACUUGGACGAGUAUGAUUUCAGCUUUUGUUCUUAAUCGUCGCCCGAGGGAAGGGUUGUGUUUGUUUAGAGAAAUGUUGAGUGAAGGGGUUCAGCCUGAUGCCCCUGCUAUUGUGAGUGUCCUUUCAGCUAUUGCUGAUCUGGGUUUUGUUGAGGAAGGCAAAUGGAUACACAAUUAUGUAUUAACUAACAAGAUACGUCAUCAAAGUUUUAGCUUUAUUGGAUCGGCACUCAUAAACAUGUAUGCAAAAUGUGGGCAGAUAGAAAAUGCUUAUCAUGUAUUCAGGAGCGUUUCUCAGCGGGGAAAUGUCGGCGAUUGGAAUUCUAUGAUAUCUGGACUUUCUUUGCAUGGAUUGGGUCAUGAAGCUAUAGAGGUUUUUCUGGAGUUGGAAAGGGCAAAACUUGUUCCUGAUGAUGUCACUUUCUUGGGGCUUUUGAGUGCUUGCAACCAUGAAGGCCUUAUGGAUGAAGGUCAAUUUUACUUUGAAACAAUGCAGUUGAAGUACAAGAUAGUUCCUAAAAUUCAGCACUAUGGGUGCAUUAUUGACCUUCUUGGUAGAGCAGGUCAGUUAGACGAGGCGCUUGGGGUUAUCCGUGACAUGCCUUUGGAGCCUGAUGUUUUAAUUUGGAAGACCAUUCUCAGUGCCAGCAUGAAGCACAAUAACUUUGUAAUGGGGCGCAAAGCUGCAUUGCGAGCUAUAGAUUUGGCUCCACAAGAUUCAAGUUGCUAUGUUCUUCUUUCAAAUAUAUAUGCCAAACAAGGAAGGUGGGAUGAUGUGACAAAAGUUAGAUCAAUGAUGAGAAACAGGGGAGUAAGAAAGAUUCCUGGCUGUAGCUCCAUUUUUGUGGAUGGUAAAGUUCAUGAGUUCCUGGUGGGGAAGGCCAUGGAUUUGGGGCACAACCAAAACGUUAUGUUUAAGUUAGAGGAGGUUGUAUCGAGGUUGAAAUUGGAGGGAUAUGAACCUGAUCUGAAUCAAGUGUUUCUAGAUUUUGAAAGUGAUGAGAAAGAGAGCCAACUAGUUCUUCACAGUGAGAAGGUGGCUCUUGCCUUUGGACUAUUGAGUUUGCCACAGGGCCUUCCCAUUCAUAUAGUGAAGAACUUAAGAAUUUGUUGUGAUUGUCACACAUUUAUGCAGCUGGUUUCCAAAAUCUACAAACGUCGAAUUGUUGUUAGAGAUCAAAACCGGUUUCAUCAUUUUGAUAAAGGUUGCUGUUCCUGCAGAAAUCAUUGGUAA